AUGACAGCAGCCAUCCCCACCGCCACCGAGCGACUGGAUAUAUGCGCCAGCAUAGAGCUGACUUGCAAGGCAGAGCAAAUCAAAUGUGAAGAUCACUUUGCGUAUGAGGGCAUCGAUGCCUGCCCCGAGGAUCCGUGGCGGAGUUGUCUGUGUGAUCAGGUUGCUGAGCACUGUAUGAUGCGGGAUGAUGAGAUCGAUGACUACCACACUACAUGGGAGUGUGAUUUGCGAUCUUAAAGGAUGAUAUAUACCUAGAACUCAUCCAUAGACAGUAGCAGGCUGUCUGAAA